AUGUUCCUUGGCUCUAGUCAAGAUUUCGCGGGAUGACUCUCCAAUAUAGAAGGGAUUACAAUCGAUACAACGCAAUUUGUAGACGCCGUUCUCUGUGGACAUGAACGAGAUUUGAUCUCUUAAGCGAACUAAAGUAUUUCGAAGUGUGUUUGUUGUUUGUCUGUAUUGUUUUAAGAUUCUUUGGAGUUCUUCUGUUCUGCCAUGACGGUAUGGAUGACUCUUCAAUAUAGAAGGGAUUACAAUCGAUACAACGCAAUUUGUAGACGCCGUUCUCUGUGGACAUGAACGAGAUUUUAUCACUUAAGCGAACUAAAGUAUUUCGAACUGUGUUUGUUGUUUGUCUGUGUUAUUUUAAGAUUCUUUGGAGUUCUUCUGUUCUGCCAUGACGGUAUGGUAAAACUGCAUCACCAAUCAAUGGCAUUUCAUUCGAAUUAUUAUUAAAACUCAUUAAAUCAUCUUGUUUUAAUAUACUUCUGAUAAUCUUCACAGGAAAAUUAUUAAAUUGUAAGAUACUAAUUACAUUCUUCUGUUCUUUAUGUUUGUCUUCUUCUGAUGUGAUGAUCUUGUUAGCUCUUCUAAAGAAAGAUUUAAGGCUAACGAGAUCUUAACACUGGAAGGAUUUGUUGAAUGCAAGUCAAUAUAUGACAUUAACUUGUUCAGACCUGUUUUAUUUUAUUGAUCACACAAUAUUCUUGGAUUGUUACGUUGUACUAUUUAAACUUGGAUUAAUUUUAAUUUGCUUAUUUAUUUACUCUGAAGAAAUGGCUUACACUAAGUGACGAAACGUCAGAAAAUCUAAUUGUUCUACUCAUUGGGAUAUCUACAAAUAUAUUACUUUUAUUUAUUUAUAACAAUCUACCCAAUGCUCAAUUUAUUCGAAAUGAUCAAAUCAAAUCUUGGUAAUGAUAUUCUGUUACUUAUUUCAGAUGUCGAGUCCAACCAUCUUGAGGAUUUAAUACAAACAAAUAAUGGUCUAUAUUUUGUGAAUUUAAAAGCAAACAUUUCUCGAGAAGAAAGCAAGUGACUGUGGUUUUCUUCUUUGUUGUUUAAUUUUACAGACUAUAUAUUCAUACAAUGAAACGUUUUCAUAACAUACACAUUGUUACAUACUACUUAAAUGAAGAAUUCGAUCCAUUCGUUUGUAUCUAAGGGCUUCUAUUAGACAAAUUUAUAUAAGUGUUCUGUAAUGUAAUGAAUUGAAUAAGUCUAUUAAAAUAAAAUUGUUAUAACUUGUGAACCUGCGUACCCUGUUAUUGUAUAACGCAGCAAUACCGCCGAUGAAAGAGCAGAGAAUUAUCGAUCGGAUCAAUGAUGUGUAAAACACGUGCGAGCAGGCUAGAAUCCUGAUUGGUCCCACUUCCCUGUCUAGUCAAGCCAGUUGAGUCCAGAACACCAGUCUCAGCCUCUGCAAUAUGAAUCAUUAUAUUGCAAACAUACUCAGUUUAUAUACCAAUCAAACCGACCACAAAGUACCAUAAAAUAGAAAAUAACAUGUGUAAAAUAUAUAACAGAACUCAUUGUCAUUUACAAAAGAAAAUCAUUUGAAUCUUCAGUCAUAAACGUCAUAAUAAACCUCAAUAUCGUUUGUGUGUGUGGUUAACCUUUAGAUCGGAUGAUCAAUUUCAUACGGACUAUCAGAGACUGUAACAAUCAAAUAACAACUUUGAAAGGUAAUUUGAUUAUUCAAUCUUUUUACAUUACUGAAAUUAAAAUCAAAGUAAAAUGAACACAACUAGUGUGUAUAUAUCUAGAUUGAAAUAAGGUUUGUUUAUUUGAAUCUGAAUCUGGUGAUACUUCACAAGGAUUCAAUCCGUGAUAGGCUGUAAUCAUUUGAUGUGAAUAUGUAAGUGCACAUGGUUGACUCACAUGCCAAUCUUAGAAACAAAGUUAGUUCAUACACUUAAUUGCCUACAAACGUGCUACUUGUAACGUUUGUCAAUGCACCCAUUUUCUUGAUAACUGCGACUAGUAUGAUAAAUUAAGAAUAGAAAAUUCUAGUUGUUGUUGUUGUUGAUGUCCCAUUUCCUUUGACCGAUUGAAUGAUAAACUAUUGAUCCAGCUUGCUAGUAUUGUCCAUGAAUACCAUUAGUAGAAUGUGUCAUUGAUGUUGUAACAUCAAACCAUAAUUCAUUUUAUUUCUGUUAAAUCACAUUAUAAAUAAGUGGAAUACAACACACUCUUAUGUUUGAAAUGUAACUAGAUCACCUUAUUCUUCAACCAAGUUAUUCUACAUGAUCGUGUUUAUUUCAGAUGAAAUCAAAAAUUCCGAUCCAAAUGGAAUGAAGAAUAUCGAUGAGUGUAUGUGUAAAAAUAAUUGAAUUCUUUAAUGACAUUCAUGAUUCUAGACAUUAGCUGCAGAAGUAACUAUUUCACUGGUGAUGCAGCCAUUUAUGCUUGGUCUCAUAUACGAGAAAUGCAGGCAAAUUACAGGCGACAAUAUCCGCAAGUUUACUUGACUUCACCGGAACUGAUUGCAUGUUUUCAAGAAAUUGUUAAAGAUUAUAAAAAAAUGAAAACGGAUCACAGUGAAACAAUUUGUAAUGAGUGGAUACCAUACAGAACGAACGGUAUAAGAGAAAUAGAUCAGAUUAUUCGUUGGAAAUAUUAUGAUGUCGAAGAAUUGAACAUUAAGUUCUUUAACCAUAGAUUUCUAUCACAAACAAUCAAAUUGACAAGUGAAUAUUCAAAGUAAAUGAAUUUGGAUUUGGGAAUGAUGAUCUGGACUUCACUCAUUUUUUAUUUACUCAUAUGUUGUAACAAUUAAUUUACUGUCAAAAUAACAAAUCACAAAUUCCCUUUUUCAUUAACAAUAUUAACCGUUAAUAUGAAUUAAUUAUUAGUUAUUCAUGAUCAUCACAUUGGUGCAAUAAAGGAUCGUAAGGUCUGAAGUUGAAUGUCUAUAAAUCUGUGUUUACUUGCAAUGAGAAUUUGACUAGUAGUUGAUGGAAAUGAGAAUAGUGUCCAGAACAUGGUGAAUAAAAACGAUGGAUAAAUAGCAUUUCUGAAAAUGACGACUGAUUUCUGUAAAUCACCGUGUUCACUGCAAUUUACUCAUCCCAUUCCACAUUCUGAAAUUAAUAUAGUAUGAACAGGCCUGGUUCAGAUGCAGAUGUAAAGGCGAGGAUUGGCAAAGCAAGGGCCUCAUUUCUACAAUUGAAGAACAUAUGGAACUCAAAUCAACUGUCAACCAAUAUCAAAGUCACAAUCUUCAAUACGAACGUCAAGGCAGUUCUACUGGACGAAGCUGAAACUUGGAGAACUACUACAACCAUCAUCAAGAGGGUAUACGUAUUCAUAAAUGGUUGUCUAAGCAAGAUAGUCAACAUCCAUUAGCCGGAUACCAUCUGCAACAGUGUUCUCUGGAAGAGAACAGACCAGCUUCUAACUGAAGAAGAAAUUAGGAAAAGAUGAUGGAAAUGGAUAGGACAUACAUUACGCAAAUCAUCAAACUACAUCACCAGUCAAGCCCUAACUUGGAAUCCUGAAGGGAAGCGGAAAAGAGGAAGACCAAAGAACACAUUACGUCGAGAAACAGAAGCAUAUAUGAAAAGGAUGAAUAGGAACUGGAAAGGAUUGCCCAGGACAGCGUUGGAUGGAGAAUGCUGGUAGUUGGCCUAUGCACAUUCACGAGGAGUAACAGGAGUAAGUAAGUAAGUAAGUAAGUAAGUAAGUAAGUAAGUAAGUAAGUAAGUAAGUAAGUAAGUAAGUGUCCUUUCACUUUGAGUUUUUCUAAACUGAUCGUUUACUAGAAUUAAAACAAACAUUCGACAAGUAUCGAAAUUAAAAUCGGGACUCGGACACAGUACUGCUCACGUUAAAUGACUAACACCUCAUUCACUACUAUGUCCGAAGGAUUAGUACCGGCUAAUGCAACGAAUGUCUGCAACACAACCAAGCCAUUCCACUGCACUGUAGCCUGGCUAAUUAAAGAUAGAAGACCACAUUCAGUCGGGAAAACAUUUCUUCUACAAGCGGUUCGAAAGAACGAACGAACAAGGACUCAACUCACGCGAAUAUACGAAAUACAAAAAUGCCCAUGAAAAACGUCACAAAAUAGCACACUGCAAGAGAAGUUGAAACAGUGACGUCCAAGGUCCUUUCAGAUAGGAAACACAAACUGAAUGUAAAAAUGAGCGUUUUUCGAUAUGAAAAUAGGAAAUGAGAAUUUACGCGAAUAAAUUACAAAAAUCAAAGUUUCACCAUGUAAUUUCUGGACAUCUAGCCUCCUCAAAAUCCACUGAGCAACUAAGAUCAACUAGGUCCGAGUCGCUAUGUUAAAAU